AUUGGUAUCGUGUGCAAAAUAUACUGUCGAACGCUACAGUACGUAAAUAGCGAUCCGUGUGCAAAAGUAUGCAGUUACGCGCGAUUGAGUGAAAACGUAGGUUAUAGUAUCUAGAGGUGGGAGUUGUUGCAGAGGAGAAAUAAAUAUGAGUGGUGGUAGAGCAGAGGCCAGUACUUGCUACAGAUGUGGCAAAGAGGGUCACAUUGCAAGAGUAUGUCGGGAUGGUGAUAAUCGAGGUGGUGGAGACCGGGCAGAUCGUGGAGACAGGGGUGAAUAUCGUGGAGAAAGGGGUGGUGACCGUAGUGGAUAUUCUAGAAAUCGUGGAAGUAAUGACAAAUGCUACAAGUGCAACCGUCCAGGUCAUUAUGCAUCAACAUGUAGACUGCCAGCUGAGAGGUGUUAUAAGUGUAAUGAAAUGGGACAUAUAGCCAAAGAUUGUGGCAGGGAAAUAGAUUCAGGAGCUUGCUACAAUUGUGGCAAGUCAGGACAUGUACAGAGAGACUGCCCUGAAGAGAGUUCAAGACCAUGUUAUCGCUGUGGAGAAACUGGUCACAUUGCUAAAGACUGUACCGAGGAAAGACGUGAUGAUCGAAAAUGCUACAACUGUGGCGAGAGUGGACAUCUAUCCAGAGAUUGUCCUGAAGAAAGCUCUAGAAGUGAGAGACCCGAGCGAGGUGGAGGUGGUGGUCGUAGCUGUUAUAGAUGCGGAGAAAGGGACCAUAUUGCCCGUGACUGCCCAAAUGGUAAAGAGGUAACAUGCUACAACUGCAACAAACAAGGUCAUGUUGCCAGGAAUUGCGAUGAAUAAAGUCAACUGCUCACUCCAUAAGGCACAGUGCCUCUUUUCAAUAUAUAAUACACAAUUAAUUGGAUUAAGAUGCUUUUUAUUAUUAUUAUUUCUUGAACAGCUUAGGUCAUGGAAACUGUCAUUUUUUUUUGUCGGUAUUUGAUUGAUGUAUUUAGAAAUAUUGCCACCGUUUUGAAAUGUUAUUUAAUGGUUUUGAAAGUAAUUGCUUGUAUUAUAGUCUCUUUUUUUUUUUUAAUUUUUUUUUUUAAUUAAUUAAUUUUGGUUUGAACUUUGACCUUGAGUAGGUGGUAUUGUGUGUUCUUUAAAAGAAAUGUUUAAUGUCUGUAUAUUUGAUUUUUAAAAUUGACUAGAUAUGGUAAUCUUGACUUCUAGAUUUUUGUCAAUUCCACUACUAUAAGAUAUGUAAUUUAUGGCUAUGGAGUUGUUACUUGGCGUAUUUUGAUCUUUUAUACACAUUUGAACAGUGUUGCAUUUUAUCUAUAAAAUAUCCUUGUGCCAACAUGAGGUUGUUUUUAUUUAACAUAAGAUGAAUUUGUGUAUCUAUUGUUUUCAAGUCGUAUACAUGUGAAUGAAAUGCAGCAUUGUUAUAUUUAAAUAAUUGUCAUACAACAUUUCACAGUAGCUGAAAGAGGAACCAAUAUUAGUUACUUUAUUAGUUACAUUAAUUAAAUCAUUGAUGUGUUUAGAUAAGAUAGCUUCCUUUCUGAUAUGUGUGAAGACAAGGUCAGGUCUUAUUUUGUCCAGUGAAGUGAUUUACAUUUGUCAUUUUGCUUUGAUACAUAAAUCAUGACUUAUAAGGCCAAUGUCCUCUUAAAUGAAUGUGGGGAACUUCUCCCAUAUCCAAAUCAAUACUUUGUUUUUACAUGAUCAAAGAGCACAUGUCUUUCAUAUUAUGAAGAGAUAUUUUGAAUGAAAUUAUUUCUAAAUAUAUAUAUAUAUAUAUAUAUCAAUUAUUGGACCUCUUUCAGCAGGGAGAUGAAGAGUUGUGUACUAUAGUUUUGACACCCCUUCAUCUUGAGUGUGGCAGAAGUAGCGAUAAGAGGAGUACAUGUCAUUCCAGUCUCAUGCAUUCAAGGCAGCACAGAUUUAUCAGGUGUUGAAUUACAUUUGGCUCAACCUAGGUGUGCCAGUAUUUUUCAGCAGCAUGUCCUAACUACAAGUUAUGCAUGGUUUUUUUUGCAAUUUAUAUGGAGCAUAAAAAAAUUCUACCUAUCACUUAGUCUCAUUUAAUAUAUGGCAUAGUAAACUCUUGUUGGUUCUUAACUAUUAUUAUUAUGCUGGUGUAACUCAUUGUCAUAAUUGUACUAUAUAGUUAUAUUCUGUCAGUCGUGUAAGAUAGUUCUGGUUUCAUUUUAAAUUGACCUAACUAAACCUUAUGUUAUGUCAUUAUUGAAUUUAUAUAUGGUACUUGCUUUUGAAUUAUUCAAGUACUGUAUUUUUGGUUUAGAGAUUUUGAAUGUUACCUUUAGAUCGUGAACUUGAUAUCAUAUAAAUAGUACUUGAUCAUAUACAUGUCUCUCACGUAAAAUAAAAACCAAAACUCAUUCAUUCAUCAUGUUCAACUGGGCUAUUCUAUAAUGGUUAGAAAUAACUUUAAUUUGUUGUAAUCAAUAUGUUUUAUGAUAUAUAUUUUCUUGAAACGCAUAAAUCUGUGAUUUUAAAUCAAAUAGUUAACACGAGGAGUUGUAUUUUAAUUUGCAAUUAUUGAAAUGUCUUGAGGAGGAGUUCUAUGUAUAAAUGUGUACAUAAUAGGCCUUUAAACGUAUCUUUACCAUGAAUAGAUAGAAGGGAGGCGUUUCAUUGUGACAUACUGCCCCAUGUGUUUUACAUAAACACUUUAUUUUUAGACUUCGUAAUAUGCAAACACAUGUACAUGGAUUGGCCAUGAAAAAUGAUUGAGGAACUUGCUAUGUUAGGGUUCCAAUUCACAAUAUACAUGUAAUUACAAAAUGCCAAACAAGUAUUUUGAUAUAUUUUAAUUAUUCUGAAGGCACUUGUAGUUAACUGGACAUAUUCACAUUGUGAAAUGGAAACCUGUAUUUAGAUAUAUGGGGCAUUAUUUCACAUUAAAUAUUGAUCAUAUUUAUAACCAAGCAAUUUUGUCAUUGUUUUAUUUACGAGGAGAUGUUAAAUUUUUGAAGGUGAUUUCUCAGGGUGCUAGAAAUUUUCUUUUCAGCUGACUCUGUCUGGGUUUCUUUGGUAUUAAUUGGGCAGAUAACUGAUUUAAUCCUACAUUUAUUCGAACAUUUUCUAAAUAUGUGGUAAUUGUUUAAGUCUGUUAACAAAUGUUGUUAACUGACUGAUUCUCCCAAUACUAUACAUAUUUAAUCCUUCAUAUCAAAAAAAGAAAUAACCUUCAUUGAUCAAUUAAAAUUGAUACAUGUCAUUUGAAUAUCAUUUUUUGGGUGGUUUACAGGGGAAUAUGCUAGCUACAUGUAUGGCUUUAUACUUUGGCUUGUUGAAUUGGAGUUGAACUAAACAGUCUGCAGUACAUGCAGGUUUAUCAAUCUAUAUUAUGAUAUGUAACACUUUAUUUUAAUUACUACAGUUGUAUAUCUAUUAAAUCAAUUGUACUUUUGACCUUAUCAGAAGAAAAAUGACAUAGUUUUUAACUGCUUUAUAUCAGUAAGGUCAAUGGAACAUAGUUGAAUACAUAAGAAUCCACACAAUAUUGUAUCUUCUUUACAGAACCUUCUUUGAUAUUUUUCAAAAAUAUGAAUACUUCAACAUUAGGUUGAUUUCAAAUUAUACUGUAGUAAACAGUGAUGCUGUCUUUAAUUUAGUUUUGGUCUACAUCAAAAUCAAACAGAUCAUGCCAUGUAUGAAUGUAGGAAAAAGGUUUUAUUACAAAGAUACGAUAUUGUGUGGAUGUGACUGUGAGGAGAGAAGUCAAUAGUGGGUUAAUAAAGUCACUCUACCCCUAUUGUAAUCAUAAAGGCAGCUGCUGUACAAGAGAAGAGGGGAGUUUGUAUAAUAAACAUUUAUUCAAUGAUAA